UGUUUAAAGAUAAUGCAAGCAUGUUUAACACAUAUAGUUAAUAUUGUUAACAAGUUAAAGGUGUUUAAAGAUAAUACAAGCAUGUUUAACACAUAUAGAUUCCUUUCUUUCAUGAAGACAAGAAUAUAAGUUGGUGUAUUACCUGAUUCUGAUGACUUGCAUUGAUUGGAAUCAGACAGUGGUGCUAAAAACGUCCGCAUUUUCGAAUGGAGGAGAAAAAAAAGUCCUCCUUUCUGUCCAAUACCACAUGAAAGUGGUUGGUUUUUGGCAUCUUAUUUGUCCAGCUUCCGUACUCCUUUGUAUACACUUUACAAGAAAUACAUUGUCGGCAAACUCCGUAGCUUGCCAGCUUUCUGAGACUCUUAUUUUGUUAGCGCAACUGUGCAACUGUGCAGUCGGUCUUUGGAGUUUUGACGACAGGUACGGCGCCAGAGUCUGUUGAAAUAAAGUGUUUCUCGCCUUCCAGUCGGUAAUUUUAAUGAGCUGGCGUCAUCUCAGAAGACCCUCGGGUGCCGUGAAUGUCAAUCAAGUGACGAAAGUGACGUCAUAGUGAAGAUUUAUGAUCGCUCAUUUUUAGGACUAUUUUUUUUAAUGCCUGGCUGGUGAUCGACUGACACACCCUCCGAGAUCGACCGGUAGCUCGCGAUCGACGUAAUGAGCACCCCUGCUUUACAGUAUGUACGUAGUGAGAUAGCUCACCUGGACUUGGUCAUUUAAGAAGUAGCUUGCCUGCUGUAGUGCGUGUCCAUGUUGGGGGUGUGAUUAGCCAGAAGCUGAUCCCUGAGGAGCAGAUGGUGAAGGAUGGCUUACCUCGGCUCCUUCAGCCACCACACAGUUUGCAGUGAGGAAGACCAUGCUGAGGGAUGAAUAGUUUCCAAUGUGUCGCCUCAUCUAAAACCUGGAGUCAUGUUCUUGCAAGAUGUGAAGGUGGUCUUCCUGGGCUUGCUGCUGGCCGCUCACCUUCUGCUCGGAUCCUCGCUCUCGCCCGCGUCCUCCUAUGAGUUCACAGGUCACAGGAUGCAGCAGUACAACCUGCUGAAGCACAGGCAUGGUUGCCGUGGCGCCUUGGUGGUCGCCGAGGCCCGCUCCGCCGACGAGCCGGUGCUGACCCGGCGCUGUGUGAUCAUGAGGGUGUCAGACUUCACCACAGAAACAUACCAGCAGGCACAGAGACAACACGCUGCUGCCAUCCUCAUCCUGCUGCCUCACAACAUCUCCAGUCUACCCCAGGAAGUCAUCCAGUCCUUCAUGGUCAGUGAGCGUGAAGCCCUGAUGGAGGAGACCCUCAUGCCGGUGUACGUGGCCCCUGAGGACGAGCAGCUCCUCUGCAUGUAUGAGGAGGUCAAGAAGACUGCAUCCACACGGACCUCCUCUAUAUUCAUCCGAGUCUUCCGAAGUAUGGUGACAGCCACGGCCUUUCAGAUCUUGGUGAGCAACAACGGUCCCAUCAAGGCCAUCACUGACAGCACUCUGGUCACACUGGAAGGAGUGCUUCCUGGAGCAGGCGAGGACAUACCCACCAUUGUGAUCACUGCCCACUAUGAUUCCUACGGACUAGCACCGUGGUUGUCCUUUGGCGCCGACUCUAACGGCAGUGGUGUGGUCGUCUUGCUAGAACUGGCCCGUCUCUUCCAGAAGCUCUACAGCAGUCCGAGUACCAGACCACGGUACCAUCUGAUGUUCUCCCUCUCCGGAGGAGGCAAGUACAACUUUAUAGGCACCAAGAGAUGGAUUGAAGAGAACCUGGACCAUGCCGAGUCCAGUCUGCUUCACGACAACGUGGCCUUCGUCUUGUGUUUGGACACGCUGGCCAAUGGGGACGAGCUACAGGUGCACGUGUCACGUCCACCCAGAGAUGACACGCCCAUGAAGGACUUCAUUCACAGCUUGGAAGAGGUGGUGUCCUCCAGAUUCCCCGAGGUGAAGACGGGCUUGGUCCACAAGAAGAUCAACCUGGUGGAGUCCACAGUGGCCUGGGAGCACGAACGCUUCAGCCUGCGCAGGAUCCCCGCCUUCACCCUGUCUCACCUGGACGACCCCAGGUGUGAGCGACGGGGCUCCUUGCUGGACACGGUCUCGUUGGUGGACUUGAGGAAACUUCGGCGGAAUGGAAUCAUCAUAGCGGAGGCCCUGGCACGAUAUAUGUACCACCUGUCAGACCAGGGUUCACCAGAAGAGGUGCAGAUCUUCAGAGGCCAGCUGGACUUCCAUGAGGGUCGAAUAUCCAGUCUCAUGUCCCUCCUCACCUCCGUCCCUCGGGCCACUCAGCUGAUGGACAGAGAGUCCAGUCAGGUCCUGCUGGUCAACUCCCUGGACCAGGAGUUCAGACGUUACCUGCAGCAAGUCCACAGGCACACCUUCAGACAGGACAAAAGGGACCCUGACAUUACCUUCUUUGAUCAGAUGAGGCAGCCAAUAGUGAUGUACAGGGUAAAACCUGCUGCAUUUGAUCUCUUCCUGGGUGGAUGCAUCACGGCUUAUUUAGCCAUUGUUUACUAUGCAAUACAGAACUUUGACCAGGUCUACAGAAAACUGAAGGCAGCAGUGAAACCCGUGAGCAGCACCAAAUAAGAAGCCAGACGAACUUGUUUGUGUUGUUUAAAACAUUUGUUUAUUGAAAUGUAUUUGACAAAAAAGUGAACAGAAAUAAAGUACAAAGCAAAUCUAA